AUGAAAUUCUUGUACGUUGCUUACGCUCUUGCUGUGCCCUCGUUGGCCACUGUCGUUCGGGACGAGAAAGAUAGCACUGAAGCACCGUUCCCUGCCGUAUUGGGCAUGCCACAAGUCAGUGUUAAUAGCAUCGCAUUCUUUGCGCCUCGGUUCAACGGAUCUUGUGCGCAAUUGUUGUCCGCGGGAAAUUCCCACGAUUCCUAG